ACCUAUACAAACAAAGGGAUGAGACACUCACUGAACCGAAGAACAAGCUAUCGCGUUGUUACGCAAAAGGGAACGAGACUUGCGACCCAACGAGACUUCGCGCUUCGAGGCAAAUUUUAACAGCCGCCAUUUUGACAAAGCGAGACCGUGACAAAGCAAUCGAGAAAUAAUAAGAGUACAAAUUAACCAAGUGUUGCCAACACAGAAGUAUUCAUUGCAAAGAAUGCCUAGAAAACGCAAAAGAGGAUCCCUUACGGUGAAACGCAAGUAUCACUACAUAACAUCUGAACAGCCAAAGGAAGAAAACCAUGUUGCCAGUGAACCCCUGGUGAAAAUUAAAGCUACAACAGAUACUUCUACCCAGUCAGAAAGUGAAAAUGUGCAGGUCACAAGUGAUCAUAGUUAUGCUAUUGAUGAAGACUCCACAUAUGAGCUUGACUCCUUCCAGGAGACAAACAUUGAUAAGCCUGAAGCUGAUGUGAUGGAAUGUAGUUCAGGGCUUCUAGAAAUGGAGGUGGAGACGACAACCUUCUCAGACUUUGCUGUGGAACUUAAACUGCAAAAUAUUUCAUCUCAGUUCGUUGUAAAGGAAUCAGAGCAAUCAAUUCAAAUGUUACAGUUGUAUGCAAAUGACAGUCUGACAGCAAUCAAGCUAUCGGUUGAAAUUAAGAGUGAUUUUACAUGCUCUGUCUAUGUGCAUCGGAAAUGCAUUCCGAGAUCUCACCAAAUAUGGACUGGACUGCCACAACAUAUCAAUCGCGUUGCUUAUGUUCUGGUGUUAUUGGAAAGACUGUUAAAAUUUGAUGUCUGCAUAGGAAAUCCUGAGGUGGAAUUUUCAAAUUUAGUUCCCAUUGGAUCAGGGUUGUCCAGCAACAACUCCCCAGAAAUUGUGGCGUACAGGGAAGGGGACUUCAACGCAACACAUGCCAGUGGAGAGAGAUAUAAUUCCACUAUUAGAUCUGUGAAAUGUGACAUGCUGUCCACAUCAAAAAAGUGUACAGCCUGCAAAAAGUACUUUUACUUAUUACAAAGCAGGAAAAAUAGGGUUGAAAGCAGACUAAAUUCGUGCCGAAAAUACAGCCACACAAACUUUAAACAUAGAGACAUGACUAAACAGGAACUUAAUAUGAAAUUAAACGAGCAGAAACAUGAAAUAAAAAAUUUACAAACAGAGUUGUGGAAACAAAGGAGGGAAUUUGAUAAGAUCAUCACAGCAAAUGGGAUCAGUGUUGAAGGCAGUGAACAUCAUGAACUGAAAGACCUGAUGGCAAGUUGUGAGACAGAAUUUGAAAAAUCGUUCCCGAUUUCUACCAGCCGACAGCGUCUGUUUUGGGAACAGCAGAUGUCUUUUGCCAAAAAGAAAGACAGUCGAGGGAUGCGCUGGCACCCCAUGAUCAUUCGUUGGUGUCUCUACCUUCGACAAAAGUCAGAAACAGCGUAUGAUGUUCUUCGCGAAACUGGAUUUGUAAAUUUGCCAUCAACAAGGACAUUAUUUGACUAUUCGCACUUCCUUAAGAGUGAAAUGGGUCACCAGGCAGAUGUUCUAGGUUUGUUGAAGGAGGAAGCUGUGAAGAGACACCUGUAUGACACAGAGUGGAGGAAUUAUGUCGGUCUUCUCUUUGAUGAGAUAAAAAUUAAAGAAGAUUUAGUGUACGACAAACACACUGGACAGCUCAUCGGAUACUGCAAUCUAGGCGAUGUUGCCAAUGAAAUGAUGCAAUUCAGCGAAACAAAGAAUGAAACUAAAAAAGAACUAGCAAAAUACAUGUUGGUUGUGAUGCUGCGAAGUUUGUCUUGCAACUGGUGUUUUCCGUUGUUUGGUUUUGCAACGACAGGCAUAACAGCCGAUUUUUUGUACCCCAUUCUGUGGAAGACAGUAGCGUUACUACAAUUAUCCCAAAUUAAUGUACAUGUCUUGUUCUUCACUUGUGACGGUGCAUCACCAAAUAGACGGUUUUUCAACAUGCAUCGAGUGGGUAUUGAAUCUGUGGUAUACAAGACGGAAAAUCCACACAACAGUGACCAGAACAUUUACUUUAUAUCAGAUGUUCCACAUCUUCUGAAGAAUGUGAGGAACAAUUUUAGUAACUCACAUGCCCACAAAAAAUCAAGAAUGCUGUGGAGGAAUGAUAAAGACAUUUCAUGGAUGCACCUAGUUCGUUUAUUUGAGGAACAUUGCGAGAUGAACUUGUACUCUCCCUGCCCAAAGUUGUCGCGAAAACACAUUGAUCUGCUUUCCUUCAACUACAUGAAGGUCAGUUUAGCUGCACAGGUUCUGAGCGACUCUGUAGCUCUUGCCCUUGAGGAGUUGUACGGUCCAGAGGUCUCAGAAACUGUGCAGUUCAUGAAACUAUUCAACAAAUUUUUUGACUGUCUAAAUGUUAGGAGUUUGUUUGAAGGGAGAAAUAAACGCAAUGACAAUUUACUGCCUUACACUAGUGUGGAUGAUGAACGCUUGAACUUCCUGACUAAAGAUUUUCUUGGUUACAUCAAUAAGUGGGAGGAGAGCAUUCAAAGUGACUAUGUGCGAAUAGUUGGAGCAAUCUGUAAACGCUUCAGACCGGCUCUAAGUAGCGGGGACCCUGAACACGACAAAAUAGUUGCAGAGAGGAUGUUGUAUUUUUCAGGGCAGAACAACGAUUUACAACAAUUCGUCUCUGACAACGACAUAGAAAAAAAUAACCCAGGCAUCGUGGAAACCGGUGGACGACCUAGACAUUUACUGUCCAAUAAUGACCGAGGAUGA